UUAUUCCAGUCUUCAAGAAAGGCGAGAAGUCCUCUUGUGAUAACCACAGAGGGAUCAGCCUGUCGAGCAUAGUGUCCAAGAUCCUAGGUUCUAUAAUUCUUCGACGCCUGAUUGGAGCUCGGGAACAACAAGCCCGAGAAAACCAGGCAGGGAUUAGACCAAGCCGCGGGUGUAUCGACCAAGUAUUCACAGUGCACCAGGUCCUGGGACAUAGACACGCCUACCGACGCCUGACAAUAGCUUUAUUUCUCUACCUGAAGGCGGCAGCACUCGACUCCGUUGAUCGAGAAGUCUUAUGGCAAUGUCUGUCACUGAAAGGCGUGUCGAGUGAGUACAUCACCAUAUUGAAAGCUAUCUACUCGAACACUUGUGGGCGUGUUAGAGCCUAUGGUGAGAUACCGGGCAGCUGUGGUCAUCGAGUGGUGUCCGUCAAGGGUGCCCACUGUCUCCAUUCUUAUUCAAUUUUAACCUAGAUAUUCUUAUGGAGGUUUCCCUCUCGUCACCUGAUUACACAGAGGUUGACCUAAUCGGUGGAGAAUUUUCGUUAGACGUAGAAUAUGCAGAUGACAUAGUGCUGUUAGGUGAAGAGGCUGACAAGAUGCAGAGUCUUCUGAACACUUUCAGUGUCAAUUUGAGAAUGUUUGGGAUGCGAUUCUCACCACCCAAAUGCAAAUUGUUGCUCCACGAUUGGCAGUCAGCGGUGCCACGGCUAACAGUGGAGAGUAAAGUGGUUGAGUGUGUUGAACACUUCACUUACCUGGGAAGUUGGUUCAUCCCUGGUGGCUCAGUGGUAGACGAAAUUUCUGCACGAAUACAAAAGGCUCGAUUGGCUUCUGCCAAGCUACGUCACCUAUGGCGCCGCCAUGAUGUUCGUCUGUCUAUUAAGGGUCGCGUGUACUGCACAGCAGUACGCUCUGUUCUACUGUAUGGCUGUAAAACAUGGCCAUUGAAGGUGGAAGAUAUGAGAAGGCUUCAAGUGUUUGACCACCGUUGCCUUUGUAGUAUAGGCCGUAUUCCGUGGUGUCACCAUGUGAGUAAUGCAGAAGUCAGGUGUAGAGUUUUGGGGAGAAGAGGUAAAUCAGUUGACACGGUGGUGAACCUUCAUCGACUGAGAUAGCUGUCUGGGACAUGUGUUACGUAUGCGUAGUCGCCGAUUGCCUCGUCACACAAUGUUGGCCGAAGUGGGUUCAGCCUGGAAAAGGGCUCGAGGCGGCCAGACCAAAACAUGGCAUCAGUGUUUGAAGUCUUUGACUGUUGGCUUGAGCCAUGUGGGGCGAUGCAGACUAGUCAGUUGGGGUCCGCGAGAUAAGAG